AUGGGAUUAUGCUAAAUGACAAAAAAUAAGGAUGUUUAAUAGACUAGAAAAGUUGAUAUUUCAUAAAAUGCAAGUUUAGUAAUAUAAGAUUAAUAUCCUUUACCAAAACCAAAGUUAUUCAUGGGGUUUCCUUACAUAACUAAGUCUUUUGAACAAAUUCAAAUCAUAGAAGUAACUGAAUCGAUGGCUUAUAACUUUAUUGUUAGAUUAGGGGUAAAUUAACAAAAGUAAGUUUAAAAAGAUUUGGAUUAUCAGGGAGUUUUCUUGUACUCUGAAAAAGCAAAAACUAAUUUUUUUGAUUUUGGAUUUACUCCAAUUGAUGUCAGUCGACCUGAUAAAAUAUUUGAAGAUAAAAAAUAAUACAAAUUUUUAUUUGAUUUUAAAAAUUUAUGGGUAUUUAGAGAUUAUGUAGAGAAAAUAGAGUAAGUGUUAAAUGUUUUCAAGGAAAUAAAUGUGAAGAUUAAAACAAUUUAUACUUUCCCAAAACCAUUGAAUAAUUUUAUGGACCAGUAUUAAAUGCUUGGUGAGAUAAGCAUAUUAAAUUGUUAUUAUCCAUUAUUAUUAUUUGAUUAUAAAGAUGUUUUUGAUGCUACUAAAAGAGGAGAUGAUACUUUCAGAAUCUAUUUACAUAGUGAAGAUGCUUUUGAAUUACUUAUUAAAAAAAAUUAAAUUAGUCUCUAUAAUAGAAAUCUAUAAGUUAGAAAUCUCAUUUUUCUAUAUCAAUGGGUAAAUUUUAGUGAGAUGAAAAAACUAGAAGAAAAUUUAUACAAAAUAUCCUGUUAUAAUCUAAUUUCAUAACCUUCUGGAUAAAUUAAUACCUAAAAAUUAGUAAAGGAGUUAAUACCUUAUCUAUAAAAUUUAUAGUAAAUGGGAAGCAAUGUUAUUUUAAUUUAUUCAAGCAAAGAACCUUAAGGAAUGAAAAGUGCUAGAUUUACAAUAGAAUAAUUUAUGGCUAGAGGAUUGUUAAUAUUUCCUGAAGACAUUUAAAAAUAUAAUGAAUAAUUAAGAUCCCUUUAUAUCAAACCUGAAUAAUUUACUUAACCACAAUAAAAAGAUAAUUCUUAAUAAAAGUAAUAGGAAUAAGAAAUAAUUUAAUUAAGCAGAGAACAAGAAAUUAUUAAUCUAUAUGAUACUUGGUUAAAAAAGAUUAAAGCUUAAUAAUUAUUAUAAAGUUCUCACAAUCUAUUUUAAAAAUUAAUUACUAAUAUUCUAGAAAAUCCUAACGAAGAGAAAUUUAGAACUAUUUAAAAAACAAAUAAAACUGUUAAUCUAAACAUCCUAUAAUAUGAAGAAGGCAGAUAGAUUUUAUAAUUAAUUGGAUUUAGGGAAGGUGAAAAUGAUUAUAAAAAUAUAUUUGAAAUUGUUUAAUUAAAAAUGGCAAGAGCGGAUAUUGAAAUUGCAUGGAAAAAACAAUUAGAGAAAACUUUAAAAUGA